GCUAAAUUACAAAGCAGUCGUUCUAGAGUUUCGGAGUUGUAAAGUUGUCGCGCUUUCGCCAGAAAAAAGUACAAAAAAUAUUAAAAAAAAAAAUUUAACUUUAACUAUUAUAAAAAAAAAAUGUUCUCUUCUGCAAAUAAAUCCACCAUUUACGGUAUCCUUUUGUUACUUUCGCUUGUUUGGUGCAAUGUAAAGGCCGAUGAUAAUUCGGUUGAUCCCGCGACACCUCGCACAUGCUACAGUUGUGAGGGCAUAAAUUGUUUGCGCGUGACAAAAGUGAAUGAAACCACCGUAUGCACGGAUUUAUUGGAUUAUUGUGUCACAGUUUUUAGAGGAUUUACUGUUGUCGCACGCGGCUGCUAUGGAGAUUUGCAGUCCAGCUAUCGUGACAAAUGCGAUUUAAACGAUCAUCCGGAGUGCAUGAAAUGUUUCGGUAAUCGUUGUAAUGACAAAGGCCGCGCCGAUUUCAAAUGUAUUGAGUGCAAGUCGAGUGAGGACAAAAAAUGCGCUACCGAAACCAGCGCCAUGACCGCCGUUCAAUGUCCCGUGCCAACUGCUCAGAAUUCUUAUUGUUUCGUACGCGAGUCCGCCGAUGAGGGCACGAUCCGUGGCUGUUUCGUACAUCAGCGUGAUCAGGAGGAGUGUCUCAGCGAUACCAAGUGCUCAAUGUGUUUGAGUGAUGACGCGGAGGCAUGCAAUUCUUACAAAGUGUUGACAGCAGAGACGGCGGGUGUUAGCGGUGUAUUUAGUAAUAUGAAUGUUAUUGCACCUACCGUUAUUCUAACGGUAUUAGCUUCUCUAGUGCGUUCAAUAUAAAUGAAGUAUAUAUUAAUUAUACGUAUGUACUCGUAUGUAUCUCUUUUUAGUCAAGGAUUAAUAGUAGUUUCUAAGUAUUUGAUAAACAGUAUUAAACACAAAAUUCUCGAGAUAAAGAAUUGUAAUAAAAUUUAUAGCUGGUAAAUCCAUCGCGAUAAUAAA